AUGCCUUCUCGGCGGGAUUUUCCAAGCAGGCAUACCACUCGACCACUAAAUGCUCAUACCAAUCACAAUGCAGAGCCAUAUGUAGCAAGGAGAUCUUUCGUGGAGAUCGAUGCGCAUGCUUUUGCGAAGCAUAAUGCGAUCAGCUGCAAAGACUUUCAACCUGUACCGCUUAGGCUGCGAUCCUACACCGAACCAUUGUUGCCUAUCUCUCCUGGCUCCGACGAGUAUCGAAAAAUCAAGGAAGGUCGUGCUCAGCCGACGUGGCAUCACGUGCGAUCCGGGAAGGAAGAAUUACUGAAAAACGAAGAAGAGUACAAGAAACGGAAUGCCGACUACAUCGAGGACGAACCUAUAUCAGGACCCAAAAGACUGAACGAUUCUAGGGUCGAUGCCCUCACUCAAGAGUCUACGGUUGGAAGUUUUCGACGCUGGGCCACUGCGAAGAAGAUGUGUAGGAGAGUGAAUGACGCCGCCGUUAAAACAACGUCCGACGUUCACAUCAAAUUUGUGCCUCAUACUCGAUUCGAAGUGGCGCUCGGGGGCAAUGCGGCUGUUCAGGACUUUUUCAAAACUCUCAAACAACCCGUGGCACCAGACGAACAGCAUAAGUUGCAAGGGAUACUUAUAGUGUUAUGCCUGAUGGAUCGCCCAACUAAGAUCCGGCUCUUUGUCGACUCUGGAAUCUGCGAUGCAGAUCUUCCACUUGUAGAAUGCCCCUGUCCGACUGGAGCAAUAGGUGCUAAAGUCCUCCGAAGUAAAGGGAACACGCAAAGACCUUAUAUGAGAUUCAAAAAGCCUGCAGAUACAGAGGACUUCUUGAAAAAACAGUGGAGUGUUCUGGCUUGGAGGUUCCCUGAAUUUGAUGGAGUCGUAUCCCACAAAGAUUUAGAAGACGGGAUGAUCCUUCCUUAUUUGUCUCAUAAACAUGUCUCACGGAAGGGCGGCUUUGGUGAUGUCUACAAGGUUGAGAUACACCCAGAUCAUUGCUCUCCCAAGAACAGAAGUAACAUUUUUGCCGUGAAGACCUUGAUAUCAAGAGUCCACGAGGAUUUCGAUCACGAACGUAAGGUGCUUGAGAAGCUCCGCCAGACAAAUCACUCACACAAACACUUGAUCGCUCUAUUGGCGACGUACAAACAUAACCAAAACUACCACUUGAUCUUUCCCUGGGCUGAGUCCGAUCUAUUUGGCUACUGGGAAAGAAAGCCAGCAAAAAGCAAAUUGAUGGAGCAGUGGAUAGCUGAGCAAUGUCAAGGGCUUGCUGAAGCGUUAUACAAGAUCCAUCGAUAUCCGACUACCUCGGGGUCAUCCAUAUGGCAACCACUCAUUGAUGCAAAUGGAGUGAGGCUCCCGCGUGCCAUUCAUACUAUCGAAGAGGGAGUCCCUUUCAGUGGUAUACUUCUUCACGGUCGUCACGGAGACCUGAAACCAGAGAAUAUUCUCUGGUACCCAAACUCGGAAUCCUCUGGUCCUACCGCCCACUUUGGUAUCCUUAAGAUCACCGACUUUGGAGGUGCUCAUUUUAACGAUAAGGAUGAACGGGCUCUGACAGGUCGCGUACCAAAGCCGGCCACCUAUCGUUCUCCCGAAUUCGAUAUUGAUCAUACUUGCAGUACUCUAUGCGAUAUCUGGGCGAUGGGUUGCAUUUUCCUGGAGUUUAGCACUUGGUAUCAUGGAGGACCCAAAUUUAUCGAGAAGUUCACGAAGAGACGCUCGGCUCGUGACAUCACCCUGCGAGGGCAGUGGAGUGAUACGUUCUUCAUCACCUCCAAGCAGGACGGCAAAUUGAAAGCAAGAGUGAAAGACGCAGUCAAGAAUGAGAUUUACAGAAUACGCGUGGAAUGUUCCUCAUUCUUCAAGGAGCUUCUCGAGUUGGUCGAUGACAACAUGCUUGUCGUCAAUCCGAGGCACAAAGCCUCCGAGCACGACCUGCAUCCUCGAGUGAAUGAUGGACGACUUCACCUGCAUGCAAGCCGCGAACUUGUCACCUCAAGGCCCCGAAGGUAUAGUCAAGGUAGCACUCUCCAAAAGAGUGAGCCUUCGAUCCAAGACUGGAAAACUUCGAAACUGCCCAGUGCGCCUGCGCAAAAGCCACUAUAUCGGAGUGGGUCUGGUUUCAUUCAGCAGGCUCUAGAUGAGAUGCUUGUGAAAAUGAAAGCCACCACCAAGCCCACCGCAAAGCGCAAGCGCGGUGCCCGCACACCCUCGCCUGAGCCCUCGCUCCACAGCCCCGCCGCCGCUAUCCCCCGCAAGUUUCGCAAGGGCAUCCGCGCCACCUGCUGGAAGCUCCGUGAGGCCCUCAACACCCUUGAGGCCCUUGCAGAUGAGCUGGAGAGCAACUCAUAG